CUUCAACGCUACAUAGAUGUGUGUACAAAAAAUGUAUAAAUAAAAUUUUUGAAAUUAAAAUAGGACAAAUGUAACGGUCAAACCAAUACUACGUAUAAUGUCCUAACAGUUUAAUUGAAAAAAAAAAUAAGACAUUCAAAAAAAAUCUAACAGUUUGAUUGAAUAAUUAAGAAUCAAUCACACAUUCAUACUCAAAUGUGUAUGAUACUUGCACGUUUCACUGAUUUGGCUCUUAAUUAUCGUACGGCAGGUGUCUCUAUCAUUUCAUUUUUUUAUAAUUAGAAAAAGAAAAAAGAAGGAUUAAUAAUGUAAUGGGAGUAUUAAUUAAGAAAAUCCAUGGUUGGGUCGCCAACUAUAUUGGGCGACUUACCCUUAAGUAAAAAUCGGGUCUCGCCCCAAACAGAACACUUCACAGAACCCUCCCCAACUAAAAGCAGCUGCUGCGACGGACGAAGAAGAAGACGGACGAACCGCCAUCUCCAACUCCGGCGCUCCUCCAUCUCCGGCGACUCCACUCCGGCAACCCUCCAUCUUCAUCUUCAACACUCUUUACUCCUUAUUCUAGGCAUGGAGGUGAUAGCGGAUCCUGGGCCGAGUGAUCCUUCUGUCCUGACACUGCAGGCCUCACACAGGAGUGAGGAUGUUUGGCUUGGCAUGGAUGUGCAGGUAGAUAGGUGCCGCGAGCAUCUGCGGGGUUUGUCCCAUUUACAUGUCGACCCCAGAGUCCUAGCAUAUGUUCGUGCAGCAGGUUUUUUUACACUGCACAGGUUAGUGGCUACUGUGCCUUUAGAUAGAGCCCUCCUCACUGCUCUACUUGAGCGUUGGAGGCAGGAGACACAUUCAUUUCACCUCCCUGUUGGUGAGGUCACUGUGACAUUGGGAGAUGUGGCUGUACUGACUGGGUUAGAGGUUGAUGGGAG